CUCUGUUUUCCUGCCAAACCUGAUGGUGUGGCUAAAGUUAGCCCCCAUGGGCUAGUAUAUAAGACCCCUGGGGUCCGAUGCAUACAUGUCAGUCACAUCGGCUUGGCGUAGGCUUCUCUUCUUGACCAACACCAACCCCAAAAACUUGAGAGAUGGCACCCAAGAAAGCCAAGAGGAGGCAGCAGCAGGGUGAGGGUGGUUCCUCCAAUGUGUUCUCCAUGUUUGAGCAGAGCCAGAUCCAGGAGUACAAGGAGGCUUUCACAAUCAUUGACCAGAACAGAGAUGGCAUCAUCAGCAAGGAUGACCUCAGGGACGUGCUGGCCACCAUGGGCCAACUGAAUGUGAAGAAUGAGGAGCUGGAGGCCAUGGUGAAGGAGGCCAGCGGCCCCAUUAACUUCACUGUCUUCCUGACCAUGUUCGGCGAGAAGCUGAAGGGUGCUGACCCCGAGGACGUUAUUGUGAGCGCUUUCAAGGUCCUGGACCCCGAGGCCACUGGCUCCAUUAAGAAGGAAUUCCUUGAGGAGCUCCUGACCACCCAGUGCGACAGGUUCACCGCUGAGGAGAUGACCAACCUGUGGGCUGCUUUCCCCCCUGAUGUGGCUGGCAAUGUGGACUACAAGAACAUCUGCUACGUCAUCACACACGGAGAGGAAAAGGAGGAGUAAAAUCCACCUCUCUCACUAUCGCUACCUCCGUUCAAACCAGUGCUUGACCCACCAUCUACUCACUCCCCUCCUCUCUCCGACGACGUGGCGUCCUUGCACACUUCCGUGCCCCUGCGGCCAACUCUUUCCGCUUGCCAGCUCACUACGAAAAGACUUGUGUCCUUUAUCGAGAUACUCAGUGAGAGGACUGAAGGUUGUAGGGGUUGUUUGUGUGUGAGUUCCAACAGGUGGACAUGGGAUUAUUUUCAAUAAAAAAAUAAUCUUGUGGCACUGAAACACUUUCUCCAUCUCUGUCCCUGCCUCUUGUUCCGGCUUCUUUUCCCCCCCAUCGCUCAUUCUGUCCUAUGUUGAAGCCAGCAGUGCAUGCAUCUGAAACCUACAUGCAGCGUGUUUGCAUACGCGGUCCAGUGUAUACAGCGGACAGUCAAAAGGGUCUCUUGGGUGAUGUGGUGCAUGUAAGUCCCUUACUUGAAACAAGUAAAGCAGCCUGACCCAAGUAGUCUGUUGGUCGCAACCUUACACAGAUUGUGUCAUGGAUUUGUCUCUUUGUUUGUAAUGAGGAGUGCACAUUAAAAGAGUGGGAGUAUACUGUACUAUAAUAGUUUGCCUACCCCUCUGUUUUUAAUCUGUCUCUCCCUCUCUUAAACACAGGUAUGAAAGGAAGAGUUGCAAUGAAAAAAAUGGUAAAGCAUGAUUUUCUUUAAAAAAGAAAAUCUUGUAAAUAGAGAAGGAGAUGGUGAAAGAUGGUGAGCGGGAGGCAGGAAAGAAGUCAACAAAAGUAAAACGUCUUUGUUUUUUUACUCUUCUCCCUCCCUCUCACUGCUGUUUCUCUCCUGUUGUUAGGAUUGCUUCUGUAACGAAUAAAGAACUACGAAUAAAAUUCCCUAUCUUUCGUA